GAAAGGACGCAAGUGAGGGAAACGGGGAUGCAAUUAAGAGACUUGAGAAGUACCCUUAGUCCCUCGAUAUGAUAAUUGACGAAUUAUUGGACGACCUGCUGUUUUAUUAGAGCACGUGUGCACCUUAUGGAGUUGGCUGAAUAUGAGAAGGUAGCAGACCACGUGAAAGUCACACAGAGAGACUUGGAGCAGGACGGCUUCUCCAAGAACCCGUUCUUCCAUGGGAUCGUCGCUGAGGUGCCAGAACAGCACAAAACUAAAGAAGGCCACACGAAGAUUGGAUAUGCACUUUACUUUUACUCCUACAGCUCAUGGUCAGGCAGAGCCGUGUAUAUGGAGGAUUUGUACGUGAUGCCUGAGUUCAGAGGGAAGGGCAUUGGUAAAGCACUUAUGAGCAAGGUAGCUCAGCUGGGCCUCGCUGCCGGCUGCAACCAGCUCAACUUCACCGUCCUGGACUGGAACAAACCAUCUCUGGACUUUUACUUCAGCCAGGGCAGCGUCGACAUCACGGCUAGCAUGGGCUACCACUGUAUGCGCUGCGACGGAGAGGCGCUGCAGCAUCUGGCCCAACCCUAACCCGACAUCUGGGCUCACGACGGCAAGACCUUUGCAACCAUUAGGUCACUUAGUGCAGGGACAGAGCACCGCUCAGUGGCCCCAUUCCAAAACUCGACAAUGACAAUCAUUAAGCCGAAUUCUCAAAAAGCAGAUCAUUAGAAUAAUUGACUGUUUGUUAAGCUCCUCCCCCUUAGCUACUUUUACUACGCUAAUUAAGUUUCCAUGCUAGCACAGCACAUAUGCAGUUUACAACAGUAACAAUGGCACUUACAAUUUAAAUCUUUCAAACACACAAAGGUAAAGAAAACCAGGCCUCUCAUUUAUAGCAAAUGACUGCAAUGACAAAAACUGUGAUAUUUUAGUAGCUGUUGUCAGCUAGCAUUAGCUUAUUAGCUGACACUAACUUGACUUAAUUGGAUGAAAAUUUGCGGUUUUAGUUUUUUUUUUUUUUUUUUUUUUUUUUUUUUUUUUUUUUUUUUUUUUUUCUUCUGGGGGGUAUUGGAUUGUAAAAUAUUUAUGUAUAUUUGCUUCAAUGUGCAAAAUCUGCACACAAAAGUACAUUUAAUGUGGUGUCAUCGUGCUAUGACGUAGUGCAUGCCACACGAAUAUCAAAAUAUCCAGAUUAAAUAACAUGACUUAUUUAAACUGAACUCGCCUUGUUCUGCCCAGUGUUGCUUUUUGUGUCUUUAACAUCUGUUUUAAUGAUUAUUUCUAUGAGAGGUGUAUAUGAUUACUACACGGUAUAACAGUCAACCUCUAACGGUAACAGGUGUCACUAUUACUUUUACCCGAGGCAAGUUUAACCAUGACUAGCUCGAAAUCCGUCUGGAAAUGAAUACAACUUGAAACAAUUGCAUGAGAGUCUAUGGAGCACAGCAGGAUAGUUGUUAAAGCUGGCCUAUGCUAUGAUUAGCCAGUCUGCGUUCGAGAUGCGGGACAUAACAGCUGUAGUUAGCUAGCUUCAGCAAAUUAGUCAACUUUUUGAUGCUUCAGCUGUCUUUAAACCAAAAACCCUGUAAAAUGUACACAUGGUUUCUACCUACACCGUAUAUAGUUAAAAGACUGAGGCUAAAGCUAGAUGUUCCAGGCAAAAAUUCCGUUUACUAGAUUUGCUGGAGUGAAAACUUCAAAUCAAAUGAGCAGAAGCACUAACAUUAGCCUAAACUCUGACAUAGCACAUUUUGGCAAUUGAUGUUUCAUCCCAAUUUAACUUGUAAUCCCACAAAAUAAUGCAGUUAUGCUCAGUUACGACUGGUAGUUAGCCAGGUAUGCUAACGUUUGCAGCUAACGUUGGGUUUAUUGGUUUUGGUACCGCUAAAAACAAAAAGACCCUCCAAACUCAUUAUAUAUACGCGGUAUCGGUCUUACUACAGCCUAAUGCACACCGCUUCACCAUGUACCUGCUGUGCCUUGUUCCAGUUCAAAUGGGGGUUUAACAAACAGUCAGUUGGCAUAUUACUUAGUAAGUCAAGGAUGCAGUUACAAGUAUUGGAACGGGGCCUACGCAAUACAUUUUAAUAGUACAUCCGAGGCACUGAAAUCUAUGUUUAGUGUUUUUCCCUUGUGAUAUGUUUUGACUCGAGCGCUUUUGAUUUCGGUGUUAAAUGGAUCAAAUAACAUAACUUCUCUUCUUGUGAAAAAAACGUGUACAUAUGGGCACGAGAAAGGUCUGACAGGAGUGUGUAUGUGGUGGGGUGUGUGGGUUUUGGUGGAAGUCUUGACACACAAUAAUCUAGAAAAUAGAUUUUUUUUUUUUUUUUGCACAAAAUUUCACAAAAACCUUAUGCAUUACAAAGCCAAUAUGUACUGUACAUUUUAUUGUAUGACUGAUGCAAAAGAGUGAGUUUUGUAUCUUAUCCCUUUAAAUGUAUUGUAAACUAUGACCACAGCAACCAAAGAGUCACCUCUCCCCUCGUCUACCAGAUAAGGAGUGCUGUAAAGCUGUUGUGAAGCACAAUGUUCAGGUAUUUGCACUGUUUUCUUCCUUUGAAUCUAUGUAGGCUACUGUAUGUACUAAAUGAUGAAAUUGUGUAAGUAAAGGAAUGCAGAGAAAUACAACAAACUCUUUGGACUGGUUUCAAAGAAAUGAACCUAAAAUCAGACAUAAAUGAUCCAUCUGGUGGAAUUUAGGAAAAUAAAGACUGGGCUCAUAUACCGUGUCUUUGAAACUGUCCUGCAAAAAUGAAAAGGGGCAUAAUUCUGGUCUGCACUUCUGUUUCAUAUCUAGUCUAAUUUAAAAAAAAGAAAAUAAGGCUUUCUGUAUCAUUUCCAGCAAUGUAAUGAAAACAGUCUGAGUUGUGGGUUAUAUUUAUUUUAUUUUUUCCGUAACUCUAAACAAGUAAAAACCACGGAUUCUUUUUUGUAGCUUUUGCAAUUUGCUUUUCAUUUCAUACUUUACAAAAUAAUUCAAUUGCAUAAAGAAUGCAGUUUUUUUUUAAUCUUUGGGAUAUUAUUUAUGCAUGUUUGCUUCAAAGUGCAAAAUGUAACUACAAAAAAAGUUGGAACUGGGCAAUCUUGUAUGAAGAGACACUUCAGAGUUUAGCUUCAAAGUGUGCUGCAGUACUCUUUGCACCCAAGGUCUCAAGUUUCUCCUGAUGCAUUGAAUGUGCUGUCAUUGUGCUAUUAGAGCGCAUGCUCGAUACAGAGUCAAGGGAACAUGAAGGGAUAUUUAUAACCUCAGAAUUACAGCCCCCAGCUGUAAAUUAUACAACUUUGUUCCCAACAUGGAUUCUUAAAACAGUGUCAAAGUCCAAGAUUAAACCCUGAUACCUGAUAGCAAUAAAUCACCUUGAAGAGCAACUUUGAAUACAAAAGACAGGAACAGAUGAUUCAGAUUUAGUCUGCAGGGGGUGUGUGUGUGUGUGUGCCCACGCAUGUGAAAGUACUGCACAGUGUAACAGUCAGUGUAAGUAUACUUUGGUGAACUUUUGGUUAAGUUGUCAGGAAGAGCCUCAGUGUGUAUCCCAGUAUUCAUAUGUGAAAUCAUUUCUUAAUAGCCGACUGUGUUUUCAAACGCUAUACGUGUUGUCAUUGAUGUUUUCUGCCAGCAGAGGCCUACAUGUUAAAUGUGUCAAAUGGAUCGGAUUUUGUCUCUGAAGUUGAAAAUAAAGAUGGUCAUAGUUGGGGGGGGGGGGGGACUUGUUUGAAGUGGCCACAAAACGCUCCCUGCUGUUCCAGAAAUCCUGAUACUUAAAUAUCUAAAGCCAUGUUACCUUUAGCCUAGAACCUGCAUGAGAAAUGUAUUUCAGCCUUCCUGUUCUUGAAAGCCAAGUGUUCUACUCUGUAUACUUGUUUGACUGCUCUGUCCAUUUGACUCUAAAGAAUAAAACCUCAGAC